UAGAGGCUUUUAGAAAUCGUACAUAUUAACUUCAUGCAGCUCAGCAUUAAGCUGAGGAUCUCGUAGUAUAUCAACCUCUCAGAUGUUAGGAUCUACCAAUUGCUCACCAUGGAAUACGGUGUCGUCCUCCCGGUCAUUCUCCUGGUCAUCUCCUUCGUCGUGACCUUCCUCCUCGCAAAGGCCAUCCGCAUCAUUGUCCUCAUCAGUAGAUUCCAGGGACCAUUAGCAUUACCCCUGGUCGGGAACGCCUAUGCCUUCAAGAGCGACCAAAGAGAGUUCUUCGUGGAUAUUCAAUCUAUUUUUAACGAGUAUCGCGCCAAGACAGGCGGGAUCAUUCGGAUGUGGCUCGGUCCAGCUCCAGUGCUCGUUCUUUAUGGCGCUAAGUAUAUGGAGGUGAUACUAAGCAGCAGCCAGCACGUCCGGAAAGGGUUCCUAUAUCGUCUCCUGGAACCCUGGCUUGGUCUAGGGUUAUUGACUAGUACUGGUCAGAAAUGGUUUCAUCGACGCAAGAUGCUCACUCCGACCUUCCACUUCUCCAUCCUUCAAUGUUUCAUGGAUGUUUUCAACGAGCAGAGCACUAUCUUGGUCAAGAAACUCGAAAAGUUUGCCGAUAAGUCUGAGACUAUCAAUAUCUUUCCUCUCGUCACCAACUGCGUGCUGGAUAUAAUAUGCGAUACUGCAAUGGGCCGUUGUACUAACGCACAAGAGGACGGUGAUAAUGAAUAUGUGCAAGCAGUGGGAAGAAUGGGUGAGCUGGUGAUUGCUCGAGCUAAGAAUCCACUCACUUGGCCAGACUACCUGUUUGGCAAACUAAACGCCGGAAAAGAGCACGACAAAACGUUGAAGAUCCUCCACGAUGUUACAGACAAUAUGAUACAGGAAAGACUAAAAGAGCCUCCGAGUGUCACUCAUGAAGAUGAGGAUGAGACGGUUGCUAGGAGACGCAAAAGAAUUGCAUUCUUGGACCUUCUCCUGGCGAUGCAUCGAGAAGAUGCGAGCUUUACUCUGAAAGACAUCCGGGAAGAAGUAGACACUUUCAUGUUUGAGGGUCAUGAUACCACUGCUGCUGCGAUAAGUUGGGCAAUCCUGGAGAUAGGACAGCAUCCAGACAUACAGGAAAGACUACACGCGGAACUAGAUGAAGUUUUUGGUGAUUCGAUCCGUCCUGUGACGUCAGACGAUCUGUCAAGACUCUCGUACCUUACUCGUAUCGUCAAGGAGUCACUUCGUAUCAUCCCGGCCGUACCUAUGGUAGCUAGAUCUCUUGACGAAGACAUUGUCCUAGAUGGCAAGGUGGUCCCCAAAGAAGCAAUGAUCAUGCUGCACAUCUAUGCUCUUCAUCAAGACCCGCAACAGUUCCCUGACCCAGAUCAGUUUGACCCUGAUCGGUUUCUUCCAGAGAAUGCUGAAAAGAGGCAUCCGUAUGCCUUCGUACCGUUUUCUGCAGGUCCAAGAAACUGCAUCGGUCAGAAGUUCGCAAUGAUGGAAACCAAACUCACUCUGGCAAACAUUUUCCGAAGAUUCUCGAUUGAGUCAGUCCAGACCAUAGAGGGAGCCAAACCUGCGGGGCAGCUCAUCUUGAGACCCGUCGAAGGCAACAUACUCGUCAAACUAAGCUGGAGAAAAUAGACAUGCGAGUCGGACUAGGCCUGUGAAUUCUUGUCAUCCGCGAGAAAAUUUAGAUUUGUCAUGUUGUAUUUUACAGUUAUGAAUUUUGAUGCACACAUCUUUUGUCUCAAUUUUUGUCGCUCAGGCAAAUCAACAAACAAUCAAGUAAUUAAUAUUAGCUGAUACUAAAUUUAACACUGACCUUAAAACGUUCAAUACACACUUUCACGGUUACAACAAAAUGGCGCCCAAUGUGAGCGCGCAGCAAUACAUGGGCAUCUGAAAACAUUAAUGACGCAAUGUUUACUUGCAAAUUAAAAUGACGGCCUUCACCGUGAAGGCGUGUAUUCGUAAGACAUUUUAGAGGGCGAUAUAAAAGUAAAUUUGGCGGUAUAAAAUAAUCCCACAUCAUCGUGUAGAUAAUGUUUGGAUGACUCUUUUCUGAAUUUCCCUACCUGCAACGGGAAGCAUUUCCCAACAAAAUUAGCACAUAGAAUAAGCAGGAUGAGUGACACCUGGUAAACGUCAAAUCAUUUCGCCGUAUAAAAUGGAAUAGUAUACUACCACUAAAAGUACAUUGUAGAUAUUAAACUAACUUUAUUUUCAUUAUUGCAAAGUUGAAACUUUGAUUCGGCA